CUCUUUCCGGAAGUCGCGCCUUCCGCCGCUUGGUCUCUUUCCGCCGCCAUCUUGGGCUCCGCUUCCCGUACAAAAUGCCUGGCGAAGCUACAGAAACCGUCCCGGCCACAGAGCAGGAGCUGCCGCAGCCACAGGCCGAGACAGGGUCCGGAACAGAGUCUGACAGCGAUGAGUCUGUACCAGAGCUCGAAGAGCACGACUCCACACAGGCCACGACACAGCAGGCACAGCUUGCAGCAGCAGCUGAAAUAGAUGAAGAACCUGUUAGCAAAGCAAAACAGAGCCGGAGUGAAAAGAAAGCACGGAAGGCAAUGUCUAAACUCGGCCUCCGCCAGGUCACAGGAGUAACCAGAGUCACCAUCCGCAAAUCCAAGAACAUCCUCUUUGUCAUCACAAAACCAGACGUGUACAAGAGCCCAGCAUCAGACACCUAUAUAGUCUUUGGAGAAGCAAAGAUUGAAGACUUGUCCCAGCAGGCCCAGCUGGCAGCUGCCGAAAAGUUCAAAGUGCAAGGAGAAGCUGUGUCAAACAUCCAAGAAAACACACAGACUCCCACCGUGCAGGAGGAGAGCGAGGAAGAAGAGGUUGACGAAACCGGUGUGGAGGUGAAAGACAUCGAGCUGGUCAUGUCCCAGGCCAACGUGUCCCGAGCAAAGGCAGUUCGCGCCCUGAAGAACAACAGCAACGACAUCGUAAACGCUAUAAUGGAGUUGACGAUGUAGCCGUCCAGAUGGAGGAGCCUAUUUUUUUUUUUUUGGUAUUUCAGAGAAGAGUUAAAGGAACCUAAAUUUAAAAUUUGUACUGUUUCUAUCAGUUAAUAAAAGUUAAUUGAUAGAGCCGCA